GAGAGAGAAGACUCCAAGUCUCUCUUGAUCGAAGCAGAACGCGUGGAAAUGGACUCCAGAUUCCUCUCGCUCUAUGUAAUACAAGCAACCUGACCAGUCUUCAGUAGUUCACUAUCACGUUUAAUGGCGGAGAUUGUUGCUUCCGCGGUGGUCGGCGAGACGCUUACAAGGAUCUCCAGCUUCAUCAUCGACAAGCCUGCUGGCAAGCGGCCAUGCGACAGAGACGAGAUGGAGAGGCUGGAGAUGGCGCACAUCAAGAUGGAGGCCGCGCUGCAGCUGUCCGACCGGUGGCAGAUCACCGCCGCGCCGGUGCUCCUCUGGCGGAGCAAGCUGAAGCGUGCCGCCCAGGAGUGCGACGACACGCUGCGCCUCUGCAGGCAGCGCCAGCGCGCCGUGGUAGAUGAAGAGCUCAGGCGGCAGGCAUCCUCGCUCCCCACGCGCAUCGCCCACGCGGCCAAGUCGCUCGUGUCAUCUCUCGUCAGCCGCGGCAAGGACGUCGGCGAACCGGUCCCCGUCCGGAGCUUCGAGAGGUUCGCGGAGGGCGCCGGCGAGUUCGUCAGGUUCGUGGAGCUGGGCGGGACCCCGCGGCAGCACCUCUUCUUCGACCCGCUCAUCGGCCACCUCCUCGCGGGCAAGACGGCGCGGUACCAGGCGCUGCAGGGCGGCAGGUUCUACUACCUCGGCAUCCGGCCCACGAGCUUCGCGGAGCGCGGGGUGGAGGCCAUGGUCGGCUUCGUCCUCCAGGACUUCAGGGCGCCUGCCAAGAGCUUCAGCUCGAGGUUCAUGCUGCGCCUCUCCGAGAGCAGCGACGUGCUCGGGAUCAUAGCCAGGUGCAUGUGAAACAAGAGGCUGGAAGCGCAUGCCGGGGCAGGGGCGCAUUGCGUGUUUA